AUGCGGUACCCGUUAUGACGGUUAUCCCGACGCAGCCGAGGGAUCUCCUCGAUCCGAGCCAGUAAUUUUUCACACGUCGAACAGUGCACAUGACCAUCAACCCGACAGCCGUCAACAAAGUGCGACUACCGAGCCCCGAUGAAGCGUCUCCUGGCGGUCGUCCUGUACGGGGCGGUUCUGUGCGUCCAGGGGAUGGCCCCCUCGAGGGGAUCGCCCCGGCAGGGGAUGAUCGAAAUCAACGCCAGCGAGUUCAACGAGUUUGACCUCGAGCACUUUACGCUGAAGAUCGAACAGCUGGACCUGCGGAUGAUGCGCUUCGAGCUGAACAUCCAGAAGAAGGUGGACACGGUGUCCAGUCUGUUGCAGAAUUUGGUGCACGUCAUCGAUAAUCUGGCGUGGCACGUCUCGGAAACGGAACGAUCGGCCAACAACGCCGACCACCAGCUGAGGGUGAUCGCCAAGAAUUUGACCCUGCUGCACAAGGAGAUGAGAGAUCUUGCCUUGGCUCAGCAGCGUCUGCCGACGCGGUCGUACUUCGACGACGCCAUGAUGAUGAUGAAGGCCACGGCCAACUGCGACGGGAACGGUGAUCUGAUGCAGCUGGACCAGAUGCAGAGUCAGAUGGGAAUGCUCACGACGGAGAAACCGCCGGCCAUUUUGGAGGCUUGCGAUCAGCUGCCGGACGGUAGCCACAGUGGAGUUUGGGACAUUCAACCGGACGGCGAAUUCAGCAAACCGAUUCGGGUGUUCUGCGACAUGACGUACGAGGGCGGUGGUUGGACCGUUUUUCAGUACCGGUACGAUGGGACGGUGAACUUCUACCGCGACUGGGAGGAGUAUCGGUUCGGAUUCGGUAAGAUGGAUGGCGGCGAGUUUUGGCUGGGACUGGAACGGAUUCACCAGUUGACGUAUUCGGCUCCGCACGAACUGAUGAUCCUGCUGGAGGAUUUCGAAGGCAAUAAGACGUAUGCCAGCUUUGCGAACUUUGAGAUUGCCAGCGAAACGGAACUGUACAAGGUUACGAAGAUCAGCGGGUAUAACGGAACGGCCGGGGACUCGAUGAGCUAUACGCUGGGGGCGUACUUCAGCACCUUCGACGAGGAUAAUGACACACAUGACGACAAUUGCUCUAUCCGGUAUCACGGAGCGUGGUGGUACCGGAACUGUCACUCCAGGUAA